AUGUCGCGUAACAAGAUGGAUGCUCGAGAAGGCUCCCCACCGCACUUGGAUACCUUCCGACAAGAUUUGGUCACAAUGAACGUGCGCAUGGAGCGCAUUUUGGAGGCUCAAACCAGCAAAGUGGCUGAUGCUGCGGCUCAGGCCGUUCGCAGCCAGUUGGAGCCGGUCGAGCAACUGAUAGCUCAGAUGCAGACCCAGCUUUUGCCCUUGCGGCAUCUUCAGACAAGCCCCUUGCCUGGAGCCGUGGAUGCUCAGGAGCUUUGCAUCGAGCCACGAAGUCAAUCUCGCCUUCGCAGCAUUGCCAAAAAAGCUUUCCCAAGGAUGCUGCCACCAGAGGAGGUGUGUCCGCCAAGGAUGGAGCAAGGCAUCCAGACUGAUGCUGAGGCCCAACCCACGCACAAGCACGCCAAGACUCAUGCGAUCCUGAAGGAGAUUGGAACUGGCAGCAUUGGGUGCCUCGCCCAGGUGGGAAUGAACCUAUUCGCGUGGCAUCAACCAGUGCCUACCAUCUGGAUCCUUCAACACUUUCUCCUUUGCGAGGAAUGGCCCUUUUUCUUGUGCGACACCAAUGCUUCGAAGUAA